CAAAAUCAGAAGUCGGAAUGGUUAGGCGAUGGGAAUAGUGGUAGGGAACGCGAAAAGAGGGGAAAUCGCCGUGAGGGUAUUUUCAUAGCAACCCUACCCGGGAGUCCCAGACAUGUCGUACCACACAAAGCGUUGUUGCCAUUUUGCACCAUUUUGCUGGAAUUAGAAUGUACGAGAGUGAUAUCGUUGGCAGCCAUGAGAGUAAUGCCGUGAUGCUACUCGGUUUGCAUCAUCAACGGGCAUCGAUCGGUUAUUUUCAUCAAGUUUUCAGUGAGUUUUUUUACCCAUAACGCUGAGGUAAAUAUUUCCUGGUGGUCAGAGAGGCGAAUCGGUUGCUUACAUGAAGCGUCAAAUCCCCUUCUGUCCUUCGGUCAACUGAAAGGAAAACAUGACAACGGCACUGUACCUCGAGCAUUAUUUAGACAGUUUGGAGCAUCUGCCCAUUGAGCUGCAGAGAAACUUCACGUUGAUGCGUGACCUUGAUGCCAGGGCACAGGGAUUGAUGAAAGACAUCGACAAACUAGCGGACGAUUAUUUGAAGAAUGUGAAGAAAGAGUCGCCGGAGAAGAAGAAAGAACAGCUGACCCAUAUACAAAACCUGUUCAAUAAGGCGAAGGAGUAUGGCGACGACAAAGUUCAAUUAGCAAUACAAACAUACGAAUUAGUGGACAAGCAUAUUAGGAGACUAGACUCUGACCUGGCAAGGUUCGAAGCCGAGAUACAGGACAAGGCACUGAACAGCAGCAGAGCACAGGAAGAAAGCAAUGCGAGUAAAAAGGGUAGAAAGAAAUUAAAAGAAAAAGAGAAGAGAAAGAAGGGUGCUGCUGGUGCUAGCAGUGAAGAUGAGUCGAAAACAGCCAGGAAGAAGCAGAAGAAAGGAGGGUCUGUUGCCUCUGCUUCGUCAGCUGGAGCUGUUGGAGGUGGUACACAAGUCGAUUCUACAGCAUUGGGACAUCCAGCAGAUGUCUUAGAUAUGCCAGUAGAUCCUAACGAGCCGACUUACUGCCUGUGUCAUCAAGUCUCUUACGGAGAAAUGAUUGGUUGUGAUAACCCGGACUGUCCUAUAGAGUGGUUCCAUUUCGCGUGUGUCGGUUUGACUACGAAACCAAAAGGGAAAUGGUACUGCCCGAAGUGCACGCAAGAUAGGAAAAAGAAGUAAGUUUUAACAGACGUGAACUCUCCGGUGUAUCACGGAACCGAAGGACUCGUACUUUACUUCUAAAAUUAGGACGUAACUUUUCAUGGUUUAACAUGAAACGAAUAAUAGGAAAUUUGUAUAAAAGAAAGAAAGUACUAUUGACUUGCAUCGCAUUUAACGUUGCUAGAAGAGAAUCAUUUUUUUUGUUUAUCUAAUGUAUUUUCAAUUGGACAAUUUUCCAUUCCACUUCCGUUCGCAAUGUUAAAUGCAAUGAAGAUGUAUUAAUAAGUUGAUAUACGGCUUGUCACAGAACGGAUAUUUUGAAAAUCGGCCAUCCGUCGUACUUCGCUUUCCUAUUUUUCCUCCCUCGUUCUCUUUUUUUAGAUGUACAAAGUAGUAAUUUAUUGAAAGUUUGACCGGUUUUCGAACGUCUGUGACUCACCCGAUUGAAAAGGAAACGCUGUCUAAUUACUCGAGUAUUAAAUUCUAAUUAUAGUAUUAAAUGGAAAAUAAAAAUUAUUACUGUUUUUAUAUUUUAUAAAUACGAAUCG